UCCCAGAUCAGUAUUUUUGUAUGUUUACAUUGUAUAAACGCUGCAGUACGAGAGCGAGAGGGACUGGGCUGGAUAAAAGGUCCUUUUUCUCUUCCUAAUCAUCUUUCCUGUUGUUUUUCCUCCUCGUCCAGUGCUGGCAAGAGGCUGUCCAGCAAGAAAGUAGCAAGACAUCUCCUGCAGAACAGCUCGAUGACUCUGGACACCAUGAGCGACCUAACGCGGGACAUCUUGGAGAUGGCUGACAAUGACAUCACAGACAAGGUGCUCCUCCUUGAGCGUCGAGUGGCAGAGCUGGAGAAGGAGUCCGAGGCCUCGGGAGAGCAGCAUUCGCGCCUGCGCCAGGAGAACCUUCACCUGGUGCACCGGGCCAAUGCCCUGGAGGAGCAGCUGAAGGAGCAGGAGGUCCACACGGAUGAACAGCUGCAGCAGGAGACGCGGCGCCACAAGGAGGCCGUGAGCAAACUGGAGAGGGAGAGAGGAAUGGAGCUGGAAUACCUGCAGGCCAGGCUGCAGCAGCUGGACGAGGAGAACAGCGAGCUCCGGUCCUGUGUUCCUUGUCUACGAGCAAACAUCGAGAGAUUAGAGGAGGAAAAGAGGAAGCUGCAAGAUGAGACAGAGGCCAUGUGUGACAGGCUAAAGGACGAGACGGAGUCCCGCAGGAAGAUGAGUGACAAGCUGAGCCACGAGCGCCACCAAAGCCAGAAGGAGAAGGAGUGCAUGCAGGAGCUCAUUGAAGACCUACGUAAACAGCUUGAGCACCUACAGCUGUACAAGUUGGAGGCCGAGUCGAAGAGAGGGCGCACACCCGGAGCGGGACUGCAGGAGUAUCAGGCCCGCACGCGUGAGGCCGAGCUGGAGCAGGAGAUCAGGCGACUCAAACAGGACAACCGCAGUCUGAAAGAGCAGAACGACGAGUUAAACGGGCAGAUUAUCAACCUGAGCAUCCAGGGAGCCAAGAGCCUGAUGUCGGCCCCUUUCUCUGACUCCCUGGCAGCUGAGAUCAACUCUGUGUCUCGCACAGAGCUCAUGGAGGCGGUCCACAAACAGGAGGAGAUCAACUACAGACUCCAGGACUACAUUGACAAAAUCAUUGUGGCCAUCAUGGAGUCCAACCCCUCCAUUCUCGAGGUCAAAUAGACGCCGUUCAGCCAGGCUGGAGACAUAGACUGGAGAAAACUAACCAGAGACCAUGUAAAAAAAAACACAACAAAUCAAAUCAAAACAUCAACAACGCACCCAAAAUCUUCCACCAAACACUCGAAACAAAAAUGAACUCCGUGGACGUCAGUGAAACAUAAGCUAUAUUCAGUUGGGGAUCCCUCAAGUGUGUUCUUGCUUGUUAGGGUUGUGUGUGUGUGUGUGCGUGUGUGUGUGUGUGUGCCCUCCUUAAAACACUUGGGUUCUGGUGACUCCCAUGUAUUUGGCCAGAGGAACCUGAGAAUGAAUGUGAACAAGUGGUCAGAGUAGAAACCUCCAAUUAAAAACAGCGUCAACACAACAAUGAUUCAGUGAACAGUUCUACCUUAAAAGGCCUUAAAUGAAAGGUGAUCAAAGGCUACAUUCAUUAUUCCAGAGUGUGCUGCGGCUCCUGAUCCAAGCUGAGACAAAGCCGUAUGAAGUCAGGAGUCAGGAGUCGUCUUUAAAGAGUUCAAGUCUUGCUGUGCUGCCUCACAGUCCCUAUAAUUACACUGUGCCCUGUUUUUCCCAGUGAACCCAAGUGAGGGACGUUUCUCGGGGCUUUUAAGAAAUGCCCGGAGGGUAAAUUGUGCGUUUGAGCGUUUGUUUGUGUUUUUUAUUAUUUGACACUAAAUGUCAGAAAUGUAGGCGCCUGGUCUGGUUCAUAAUGUGCUUCAUCUCAUUUAUUUUUACAAUGAAACAGGGUCCCAGAGCUCAGGUGGGCCGGGUUAGCAUCGUCCCCGGGCUGUAACUGACAAAGUACACUGUGUAUGUGCGCCUCGUCGCUCUGUAAACACUUGAAUUAGGCAUGAAGGGAAACUGGCGAGCGAUGGCGGGAAAAGCUCGGCCCACCUGACCCCUAGUGUUCUCUUGCUGAGUGAAAGUGACGGAGAGCAAAGCUGAUUCAGGUGAUCAAUGUUUGUUUGUUUGUUUGUUUGUUUGUUUGUUUCUUUGCUGCCGGUAACAGUGGAGUUUAUGACUGAAGAAACGCUGACAUUUGGGAGGUUGUUUGUGAAGAAUCAAAUGGUUGGUUGUACUUUGCACUACAUUUUUUUGUUGUUGUUCAUAAAACUGUUUUAUUAUGAAGGGAUCAAAUGUAAAAAAAAAUGGAAUAUAUUUUAAGGCCCCGUAUGAAGAUGAAAGUAUAUCAGAUUUGUUGCUACAGACUCCAUAUGUACAGAGAAAAAAACAAACACUGUUUCCAUAAUAAUGCCAUAUAGCGAUGAGAAGUUUCAUGAGACCACGAGUUUUGAGCUCAGUUUUAUUGUUUUCCAGACCUGAGCUGCAAUAUUGAGGACAGGCAGACGUUUGGCAGCAAUAAUGCUCGACAAGAAAGUGGACACUGGCAGGAAGUAGGUCUUUAUUUCCUCUCCUUAAGAAACAUCUGCAUUGUCAAAGACUGAUGCUGUGUAUCGGUGCUAUGCAGCCUCAGUACUUUUUGGACACGUCUUUCUGAGGGAAAAUGGACACCAGUUGUUUUUUUGGCAUUUUUCACCCUGUGAAAUCAUAUAUCUCACUUCUCUUCUUCACUCCAUGGGGAAAAAUGGCCUUGGAUGUAAAUGACUUGUACAUGUAAAAGUUUUUCUACACUCACUCUAGAUUCUAGGUAUUUUUAUAGCGAGGAAAGAAAAAGAUUUCUUUUUCUUGUCUUAUGCUGAGAGGUGGCGGUCGGAUGUAUUCUUCUCGAGCAUGUAGCGUGUACAGUAUCUGUUCUUUUUUCUCUUUUAUUUCUUGUUUUGAAAUCACAUGCAGAUAUUUAUUCGUCAUUCAACACAAAAAACUUCACACUUUGGUGAUUCGUUCUGCUGAAAAAUGGAUUUGUACAUUUUUUUGAAUUCCACGAGGGGAGAGAGGGAGAGCGAGAGAGAGAGCACGAGUUCACAGUGAGAGAGUUGAUUGAAUGAAGAGACGGAAAUGGUCACUCUCGAGGCGCUCACACUUUUCCACGACGCAGACACGACUGAGCCUCUUCAGGGUCGUGACCUCAGAUAUGUGGCAGAUUUUUGCAUUUUAUACCGUUGUCUUCCCGGGAGUCAGGUACUGCAUGGAAAUAGAUUAUUAUUAUUAUUACUAUUAUUGUUCUUCUCUGAUUCAGAUCUUUGGCCUGUUUUAACUGAUAAAUUGAUUGAUUGCUUUAAAAUCCAUCAGUUGUGCAUUGUUACAUGUAAUAAUGUACAACAAGGAGAACCUCAUAUCCAGGUUUGCUUAUUAGUUCAGCAUCCUGCCUUUUAGUAGAACUGGAAGUUUGCCCCUGAAAACCCCAGCAGAUUAGAUUAGAUUAGAGGUAAUCCUCUCCCUGGUCCAUGUUAUUGUCAGCUUUUAGACAGAUGAGGACUAACACAUGAGAGAGCACAGAGCUAAACACACAUUCCCUUCUAGCGGGGCUGAAGGUGAUUGCACUAACCAGAUCCACUUUCAAAAAUGACCAAAGACAAGUGUUAAUAAUACUAAUGCUGAUUUUAUCCGUCAGGGGUCCAUCAUCACACUUUUCUAGGAGCAUGUUCCUGUUCAAAAACCACAAAAUCACAAAAUUGACUCUCAAAAAGACUCCCAUCGUUCCCUAAACGGAAAAUAAGGAGGAAACUUGCCUGCUAGUCCAAACACUGUGCCUCUGUGUCUCAAACUUACCUGAUGAUGAGCCCUUACAACAGCACUGACCACGUGACUGUCAGUUUGUUUAAAUUAUAACAAUGAAGACUAAACUGUAAAUAUAAAUAAUUUAGUGUACUUUUUCUUUCUUUUCCCUCCUCCUCUCUCUCACGGUCACUUCCGCGGUGUGUCCAAAGAAAGUUUGCUCAAGGCACAGACGUCACUACUCGAGUAGUGCAUGGCUUUGCCGUCGCGUGACAUGGGAAGAUCGAAAGAGAACAUUGUAGAAAAGAGACGUAUAAGAGUUUAAAUUAAUUCCUAUUUUCAGAGAUAAAUGUAUAAAUUAUAAUGGUAUUGUUUACAGCUGUAUAUUAUUUUUUGGAAAAUCCCCUAAUGACCUAAUCAUAAUUGAUAUCUGGGGAAAAUAGAACUUCAGUCACUGUAAAAAAGAGAACAUUUAAAGGUAAGCGGUGAAAUCAAGAUUAGAAAAAUAAAUGGAAAUUAAAAAGGA